AUGAAUACAGCUUGGCGAUCAUCAGGCCUGUCAGCUCCAGCAGGAGUGCUGAUACUGAGCGCGCACCCAGAUGACGAAGUCAUGUUCUUUUCGCCCAUCAUACUUUCCCUCCUCGAGGCUGGCACAGCCGUUUGGGGUCUGUGUCUCAGUCAAGGCGAUGCGGACGGACUGGGUCACGUACGGCGCAAAGAGUUGCAGAAGGCUUACGGGACACUAGGAGUGGUUAAUGAUCGAGUAGCGAGCUUGAACGAUGCGCGAUUUCGAGAUGGAAUGUCGAACGAGUGGCAGGCGGAUGAGAUUGUUGGUGCGGUCAAGCAUCACCUUGAACAUCUUGCGCGACAACAGGCGGCAUCGAUAGACAUCAUCAUCACAUUCGACGCAAAAGGAGUUUCGGGCCAUCCAAAUCAUAUCGCCCUGUACCGCGCAGCGCAGCUUUGGCUUCGAUCGCAAAGCUCAUCGAAUCGCAGCAGCAGCAGCUCUCCGCGCAUCCUCGCCCUGCAAACCCUUCCUCUUUCGACAAAAUUCUUGUCCCUCUUUGGCUCUCUCUGGCAACAUCAAACGCUCCGAUCUUUGCUGCCUCUGUACGGCCAUGGCGGCACGAACUACUUGACGGCGCUUCGAGCUAUGAGGCAUCACGCUUCGCAACUCGUCUGGUUCAGAUACCUCUACAUACUCUUAUCGGGCCAUAUGUGGGGAAGCGUGCUUUGUCCUGUACGUGUCACGGAUGAAGGAUGA